AAUCUGUAUCCCUAAUCACCACACAACUUCCGGAUAAUACAGUGACGCAAUCAUCUGAAACGAAAAGUGGAAUUUAACUUGGCAACUUGAGUAAAUAGGUGGCGUUCUACAUAGCUUGGUAGAUAAUUCUACCCACGACACAGAGGAUUUGUUUGAUGAAAGCAAGGAGGCAAGGGGGUCGGCUACUUUCGUCACCUCACUCUACAUCCUGAAACAAUGGCUAGCGCUGCCCCUCCACCAGCAGCUGCUUCGACUGCCACUGAGAACCCCAUCCCCGGCUCCAGCAGCUCGACAGCGGGGGAGGGUGGUAACCAGGACAGCACAUUCGAAUGCAACAUCUGCCUGGACACCUCCAAGGAUGCAGUGAUCAGUCUGUGUGGGCAUCUCUUUUGUUGGCCCUGCUUACAUCAGUGGUUGGAGACCAGACCUAACAGACAAGUGUGUCCAGUAUGCAAAGCAGGCAUCAGUCGAGAGAAAGUCAUCCCACUAUAUGGCAGGGGAAGUACGGGCCAACAGGACCCAAGGGAGCGAACGCCUCCUCGACCACAAGGACAGAGGCCAGAGCCUGAAAAUCGUGGUGGAUUUCAGGGUUUUGGUUUUGGAGACGGAGGAUUCCAGAUGUCUUUUGGCAUUGGUGCCUUUCCAUUUGGCAUGUUUGCUACAGCUUUUAACAUCAAUGAUGGAAGACCACCCCCAGCUGCCCCUGGAACCCCUCAGCACAUGGAUGAACAGUUCCUGUCUCGACUCUUUCUAUUUGUUGCUCUGGUGAUCAUGUUUUGGCUGCUAAUCGCAUAAAUGUCUGAGCAGCCAGGACCAAGGCUCAAGUUGGACAGUUGUUUGCAGAUACUUGUUUGAUUUUUGUCCUUUUCAACAUUUAAGUAUUGUCCUCUAGACUUGACAAGCUAUUGAUUUAAUUUCAGUAAUCAAUAUCACUACUGUUUGAUUACACCUGUACUAUGAAUCCUACAGAAGUCUGAAAUCGUUUUUUUUUGUUCGAACAAUGGCCCUGCCUCUCAUUUCCAUCAAGGUUAUUGUGUUUUUAUUAGACAUUUUAAGUGUACCAGGUUGGCAAUAUAGAACCAGAUACUAAAAGAAAGAUGGUAAAUGUAAGCUACCAGAUGUAUCCUCUGUGCUUCUAUGGAUAUAGAUUACAAGUGGUAUGUCCUCUUUCUAAACUAAAUAUGAUAUAUAAAUUCAGGAAGAGGUGUAUCAUUGGUGAUACUUUAAAAUUGACACAACAAUUGCCUUUUGGGUACCACUACCAGUAUGAAGCCAUAUAAACAGUGGUGCAUUUUUAUGUGUGGUGUUAGCAGGGGAAUAGUCGUGAAGAGCCGUAUUGGUAUGGUUUUAAGUUAUUUAAUGACAGACUAUGCCAGUAUGUCCUCAGUUGCGCUAGGAGCGAUUUGGUAAGACUAUUUCUUAUGUUUCAGAAAAUAAGUGAAUAAAUUAUCUUAAGAUUACAAUAUUUGAAGGAUGAAAGUUGAGACAAUUUAAAGGAGUUGUUUUUUUUAUUGAAUGAUGUCAUUGUCUGCCACUUGUAAGACUAUUAAUUUACUCUGAAAAAUGUAGAAUUCUAAUGCAAACACUUCUAUAGCAUGCAUAGUAAAGAGCUUGGGAAAAAAUAUGCGAAAGGUAUAAAAUGGAUAUAGUUUUCUUCAACCUGACAACUAACAAGAUGACGGUCAUGAUAAUAUGCAUGAGUAACUGAUGCAGUUAUUUGAGUAAUUCCUCUAAUUUCUAUUUCAUUUUUUGUCUUGUUUACAACUUUCUCAUUUAUUCUAAAAGAAAUAUAGUAAAAUAUAUAGAGUGGAUUAUUAUAAUAACAAUGGAUGGUUAGAAUAGCAUGAGCAUCUGUAAUAAAGACUUUGUACUAUA